AUGACCAAUCUAGCACCUAUCCAACAAAAUAAUUUCGAAUUCCCAUACGCUACAAGGUGGUCUUCACUUGGGAUGAAUUACGACAACUGUCCCCAUUUCAAUAUCACCCAGUACAGAAAUCUUAUAGAUCAUUUGGGUCAAGAUGAUUUUAUUUGGCGGCCAUAUCUUGGUCUAGAAGCCAUUCAUGAAGUUAACCAACACGACUCUGUAGUGUGGAGUGCAAAGGUGCCGAUUAUCAACUUCACCACCGUGGAGAUGCACAACAGUGAUCGUGUCAAACUUCAGUUUGGAAUGCUUCAAGAUAUUCCAUGUCUGCCAAAAUGCAUCCCCGACAAAUAUCACACCGGUAAAGUCUCCGACCAAUGGGAAUAUUCUCCAUGGACCAAGUAUGCAAAACAUGAGUGUCGUGAAUGGAGGCAUCGCAGCCAUUUUGUUUUGUCCGACACUGUGUUUACAUACGAGAGAAAACAGUCUAUCCAAUACAUGAAUUGGUAUAGGUCGGUAUCCAUUGGUUUCAUUUCACAUCCAAGAUAUCUUGUUGACCCACGCCAACAAGCCUCAUCAUCAAGACCCCAACAACCUACCCAACCCCAUUUCCAACCGCCAACCCAAACCCCACUCACACAACCACAAAUCCAUGAACACGCCCCUACCCAAUCCACCCCAUUCACACAAACUUAUUCACAGUCCCAAUACCAACAAUAUCCACCACCAUACCAAACACACUCCUGUGAUACAACAAACCAAUUUAUCAUACACCCAAUCAACCCUUACCCAUCCAAACAUUUACACCCAUGUCACCCUACGAUCAGGCAGGCUAUCGUCCUGAAAUUGCCUCAUCGAGCCAACCACCCCAACAUAAUUAUGAAGGCAUGA